ACAGGAAAGCGCCCCCAUCAUACAGCCAAGUCGACAAGAAUACCAACGAUCAGCAGCGGCGGCACCGACCAGCGAUACCACUAGUGAUGAGGGGACCCAGGAACUGGAGAGUCGCGCUCGCGUCGGAUCUGACUCUAAUGACCUUGACAGCGUUCAAAUGGAUAUGUCCAGCAGUAAGCUCAACAGGGGCUUUUUGAGUAACAGUAUUGCUCAACACAGAUUAUUUCAGGUGAUAUGCGAGUCACCAGGGGAGGGAAGGUGCAUAAAGGUUCUGGCGCCCGCCUCCCGACUUCAGAGCACACAGAGGGCCCAAGAUUCUCGCAAUGUUUUAGAAAUGACUAUCUGAAAACGCAUCGAGUGGUAAACUUGUCUAGCAGCUAUGGGGACUUGUGUGUGUGUAAUUUCCAACUGCAGAAUCGUAGUACUUUGGCGGACAGUUUACUUCAAGAAUAGUCAUAUGAAAUGAUAGUGGAUGAACACAUAUGAAACCCCAAACCCUUCACCCAUCCGCCCUAAAGCGGUCACUUCUACAGCCACACGUUAUCAGCAUUAGUUGCAUUAUCUCCACUAGUGUCUCGGCGAAUCACUGUGAUGGUCACCUAGGACCAAACUUUCAUUCAUUCGUCAAGUAAGCAUUUUGGGCACAAAUUUGCUGUAGCUGAGAAGAGCUUCAACGCCUACCAUGUUCCUAGACAACGAUUCGUGUAAAAGGUACCGAAGGCGGGCCCAGUUCAAAGAUAAUAUGAACAGAUUGAAUGCUUCCAGUGUGAUGAUAAACCCCUAGUCGGUUACUGUUGACGGCCAGAGGAGAAAAUCUGUCAAAGGCUAAUAGAAGAGAUGACUUUAAGCUUUUCUCUGGUGACCGAUUUCAGUUUUCCUGUUUAGCGCCCUCUUUCUACGUCGCGCAAUCGAAAGCAAUAACUUUUGGAACCCCUCUUCACUUUUUCCCCUCUGAGUUAACAUUUGGUCGCUGAUAUUGGACAAUGUAGAGACGGUACAAAACGAUCUAAGAAGAGUUGGACCACUUUUAAGGCAGAGGUGAAGGAAGACUUAGUUUCCACAAUAUACUUUUCCAUCUGCCUGUCAUUCCCCCCCCUCUCCACCCUUCUGACAUUUUGGCUGGUAAACAAUACAAAUGCCUGGCAGCAGCAGUUAACCUAAAUCACAGAAGCCGCUACAAUUUGGUAAAAAACCAGUUUGGUAUUCUCUAGAGGACUUUAUCCAAGCCUUUCAGUAUGUAUGAAGAAUUUCCUGGCUGCUUCUAUCCUUUUAGGUGUGGUUGCAUGUAUUUGGCUGGUGACUAGGUACAUCUCCUAGUCACUGAUCACGUUCUGAGCAGAUGUGACUUACCACAUCAUUGACAAACCCUUCAAUGUAAUGAGUCAAGGAUUGUCUACCGGGCGACAUUUAUCUUUCCAAAUUAGUCCUCCACACUCAAAAAAAUUACCACUGAAAUAACUCAGUAGAUUUUUGUUUAAAAUUACCUCAUAGAGGUAGAACCACAACUUGUCGAUGGUGCAGUCGUGGGUCGCAAAUAUAUCAAUCUGCAAUGGUAGAUGGACGCUCAUCGAUCGUUUCUACGGAGCUCACUUGUCCCGUUGUGCCUUAUGGGCUCUCCAUCGAGUCCAACCAGCAGCCGCACAGCGGCACAUGAUAUGGGCAGAAUAGUACUACUGACAAAGACAAGGAAGACUAGAAUGGUCAUUUCUGGCUUAUUAGCCGUCCUCAGCCAGUUAUACCCAACCCCGAAAUGGGGAAAACCUGGGGCCAACUAAAUCCAUUUAUCUCACCCAAAACAGUUUCCCCGAUACAGAGUUUCCUCGAAGUACAAAGGUCUCAUCUACGUGCAAACAGAAGCCAAAGAUGCAAUAAUUGUACAUAAUACAGCCUACUAGUCGUAUAGCAUCAUCAAUGAGUCCUAACUCGGUCCCCCAACGUCCACUUUGCUAAUUGAAGACCCAGCGCCUGAAAGUCAACGAACCUUGUCCAAAGUACUCGACAUUGGUUCUUGAUUUAAAUUAAAUACUCAAGCGGGCAUAAGCAUUGUGCCAGGGAAGGAAGAGAUGCAUUAUUCUACUAGAUAGUAUUAAAAAUUUGUCCCCAUCCUCUUAUACAACGUGACUUUUUCUUUUAUUUCAUUCUUUUUGACAUAAGGACAGUCAAGUAUAAAAAUUAUUUGUCAAUCCGCAUUCGUAGCAUGUCUUCGCUGUAUUUUUGAGCAGAGGAAGACGUCCACUGGUCGACUGAGGUGCAGUUCCAUCUUUUAACAAACAGUUUUCUUUCAUUGACUUCUGAGACAAGUCCUUUGCACUCUUCCCUUGAGGUCUUUGGAUCACAAGAACUAGGUGGCUUUUUUAUUGUACGCUCUUUUUUCUCCGAAAACUUUGAACGUCCUAUUGAUAGGCGAGACCGUGCAGGCAAUCUGUCGUAUUAAUCUGAGCCUAUUUGCUCUGAGCAAUUUUGGAUUGAAGUCUGAGUGCACAUCUCCCCUCCCCCUUCCUGGUGAGCAGACGGUGAGGUGCACCUUCAAGAAAUGUGUGGGUAGAUCAGAAAGUACAAGGGAGCCUAAGGGCAUGCCGAUUGCACACAAACACCAGACGCGGGUUCCGAGCAAUGCAGCAGUCACCAGGCGUUGUCAUAUUUGCCGCUUAUGUGCUUAGUUUAGCAUACUAGCAACUUAGGUGCUAGCCGAAAGCCCAGACACGUGCUAUGUCAAUAGUCUGCCACUGUAUGGCACAGCUGCGAGGGGUUCGCCUCAUCAGUGAGUCCCCAGCCUUCCCGUGUGCUUUCUGCUAAAUACUUCAGUUUGAACUUUCGACUUUUUAAUCUCCGCAGAAAUUAUUCGCUAACUUGAAGUAGUUCAGUCGGAUGGGAACUUCAUGGGUCAGUUCGAAAGUUAGCAUUAAUUUUUGAGCGGAAAUUUAUCAAUGACGGUGAAAUAACUGUGGAAUGUUCAUACACUGCCAACAGGCAGUCAGUAGUAUGCAUAUGCUGCUUGAUGAACCGUGCCCCUCGCAGCUUUGUUACCCAGCGGCAGAAUAUCAACGAAACACGUGUCUGAGCCUUUAGCAGUACCUGAGCUGUCCAGUGGCAGUUCGACCGUCGGUCUUGAAGAUGUCCACCGUGUGCUCACGACAAAGUGAGAGCAGACACAGUGACUUGUGCGUGAAUCAGACUAUAGCGAUAGUGGACUUACACAGCAUCUACUGCACCCUCACCUCCCCCCUCUGUUUAGUCCCGGCGUCAAGAUAUAGUCAAGAAUGUUGGAGGCGAGAGAUGGCGCAGGUGGCUAGCGCGACCGAAGUCGCACCUAGGAGUACCACCACACCCCCUAGUCCAUAACAAGCACUCGACCAGAGUUUUAACCAAGAACAAAAGUGGGGUAAAACGAGGAAGAUGACACAAUUCACUGGGCAACCAUGCAGGCGGCCUGUAUACCAAACUGGGUCUCAAACGCAUCCACAGGCGGAGAAACAGACGUCAAAGAACUACCAGCGCACACCAGGCUGCAAGAGCCAUGGUAUUCUGAAGCGUGGCAUAGCAGACACACACAGUCCUGAAUUUAGCCUAGACCAUCACUCUUCAAGGUCGGGUAACCGUUCUGUCAUCGACUGAGAGACACUACCCAUAUAUAUAUAUAUAUAUACACUCAUCACACGCGUGAGAGCGCCAGAGGUCACUUUAAGAAGGAGCCGCUGCAGCCUGACUCUCAGCCCGCCAGUCCUCCACUUCACACAAAGACACACACACAAAUGGGCAGACUGCAUGGACCGAGCGGAUGCGUCAGUCAGUAGCCUUCCAAGCCACGGCGCUUGGCGCACAAUAAUAGCUCAGGCUUAGAUCACACAUGCAGCAUCGGGGCCACAUGAGCGAGGAGCCGAGGAGCACACUCCCACUUUCGUGAGUGUGGUUACGUUGUGCGGCGAUGGCUAAUGAUGGUGUAUGUCGCAGCUGCUAGUGGGGAAAGGUAUGAUAGUGCGGCAUGACCGGCGGUGAUUUACCGCAGGUUUUCAUGAAUGCGCAUGUAGCCUGUUAGACCAGUGCGGUGGCCGAAUGUGUAAGAGCAAUUCGGGUAGUUGAGGCGCGUCCAUCAGGUCUACGUGCGUGCUCCAGACACUGGUCAGCCAGUCUCUGUGCGAUGGAUUCGCAAGUGACCGAUCAGGCCGAUGUGUGGGGCGAAUAUGCGGGGACAGUGUGGACAGGACAGACCGGGAUGCUCAAAGGCAGUUUCAGUUGUGAUGGUGGUAGAGCUGCUCUUGGUGGGCGCGCUGACCUGUGAGGUGUUGAAUGGGUUAGGCAUGGUGGAUAUGCAAGGCGUACUAGGUGUAUCGAUACUGCAGUGAAUUCCGCUGUCACGGAUGCGUAUGUCACCGAGUAGGUCCAUUCCAGUGCGUGAAUGUGCGUAGGAAAUUCGGACAGUGAAGAUGGAUGCGGUUGGUGCAUGUGGGGGCUCUAGGUACUAGUUUGCCAGUGUCUGUGUGAUGGAUUCGCAAGUGACCGACCAGGCCGAUGAGGUAGGCGGAUGUACGAUCGCAAUGAGGACGGGUUGGGAUUGAGUCCACAUCGUUGGGGGCGGGUGUGUUUUUGUUGAUGAUGAUGAUGACGACGACGACGACGACGACGAUGAUGAUGAUGAUGAUGAUAAUAAUAAUAAUAAUAAUAAUAGUCAAUGACGGGGCGGCGGACAUCCUCCCAUCAGCGGGCGUAAUAAGAGAGAUCGUGGUGUUGGCGGAGCUGGUCGCUGUGAUCGACACAGGGUUUUGGGGCAUGGCGAAUGAUUCUGUUGAUCGAUCGCGGCGAGCAUCGGCAGUCUGAUCACCGGUUAUCGUCGUGGGAUUUCUGGCAGCGGUGAUAGUAGCGGUGUUGGUGGGAGAAGCUGACGUUGCCGUGUUGUUGGUGCAUUCCUUCCGAAUUCGCGCGAAAUGUGUGCUAGCAACGCAAGCAUGUUAAAACCGGCGGGUUAUUGGCAUUGUGGGGUCGAGGCACUUGUGACUUGCGGACCCCCUUUUUUGGCCUUGACGUCGGUGAUCCAGUUUGCCUAGCAGAUGGCUGCGCCAGUCUUCACUUUUUUUCCCCAAACCAGUCUAUUCUGGCGAUGUCCUCCCAAGUCUCCGAGUUGAUCUGCAGGCGUUUCAGAGAGUUCUUCAGAGUGUUACUGUGGCGUCCUUUUUGUCCUUCUUGUCGGCUAGUACCCGUUGUGACAUCUUCGCAGAACAGUUGUUUCGAUAGACGUGUAUUUCCCGUUCUUUCGAGAUGGUUGCUUCAACGCAAUUGCAGCUCUUUCAUCAUGACGUGAAUGCUGAGUAUUCUUGUCCGCUAGAGAACUUCGGUGUUCGAGAUCCUGUCUUGCCAUCUCAGUUUUAGUAUUCUGCGAAGGCAGCUGAGUUGGGAGUGACUGACAUCCCUGCCAUGGGUGAAAUAGACGGUCCAGGCCUCCAUUCCGUAUGGAAGUGCCGUCAGGACGACGGCCUUGUAGAUCUUUAAUUUAGUGUUCAAUUGAAGGCUGUGACGAUUCCACACGGAGUUCUGCGGCUGGCCGAAGGUUUGGCUGGCUUUGGAGACCUCGUGGGCCACUUCAUCGUCAAUUCUGAUGCAAUGUGAGAUUUUGCUGUCCAGGUUGUUUAAAUUAUCCGCUGGCUUCAGUUCGGUGCCGUUGACCCGGAUACGAGGGACAUUGCGUUAAGCGUUUGACGGCUGUUGAUGCAUGACCAUCGUUUUGUCCGUAUUGAUGACCAUUCCGAAGUUGGCUCAGCCGGAGCGAAGAGACCCAAGUUCCGUUGCAUGUCUGCUUCGGGCCCAGUGUUGAGUGCACAGUCGUCGGCGAAGAGCAGAUUGCUGAUAGUAACUGUUGAGAGACGCGAUGGGGUCUGCAUUCGCCGGCCGUUGAGAAGGUGUCCGUCGGUCCUGUAGUCGAGGCGGAUCCCGGGGCGCUCAUCAUGGUGGGCGAUCAUCAGCAUGGUAAAAAACAUAAAACUAAAGGGUCCGGGCACUAGUACGCAGCCUUGCUUCAUUCCAUUGCUCACUGCGAGUGCAUCGAGAUUACCCCGUCGUCCCUGACGCGCCUCAUCAUCCCGUCAUGAAGCUGACGAACCAUGUGCGUAAAUGGCUCGGGGCAGCCGAACUUCUGCAUGAUUUUCCACAGUCUUUGGCAGCUCACUGUGCCGAAGGCUUUCAUAAGGACUGUGAAACCAGUGUAGAGGUGAAUCCGCAUCUUCUGGUACUUCUCUUAUAGCUGGCGAACGGUGAAGAUCAUGUCGGUGAUUGCGGGACGUCGCUUGAAUCCGCACUGACCUUCCGGUAGAAAUCCUUGUUCAAGAUAACCAUUGAGAUGAUUGAGGAGGAUGCGAGCGAAGAUUUUAUCGGCGAUGUUGCGCAGCGAGCUUCCUCUGUGAUAGUCACAGAGUUACCAGUUUCCUUUUCGCUUGUAGAAGUGGACUAUGGUUGCGUAUUCGAAGUACUGAGGGACCUGGCUGCUGCGCUAUAUCUCCUGGAAGAGCGCUGUGAGGGAAUCCACUAGACGAUGACCGCCAUGUUUGUAGAUUUCAGUCGGAAUCGCAUCAGAGUCUUGCAUUUUCCGGCCUAGAGUGUUGUUGGACGGCGCGGACGGUUUCCGGAAGGGAGGGCGGGAGAUCCGUGUCGGCGUUGAUUUCCACUUUAGGGGAACCGGCCGAUGACAGCGUCAGAAAUUGUGGACGGAACGGUUGAGGACGCUACUGAAGUGCUCGGCCCAGCGCUUCAUAAGUUAUGACCUCUCCAUCAGAAACGUUGAUCCAUCGGAGCUGAGGAGCGGUGCGGUUCCUAUCAUUGGAGGGCCGUAUAUAGCCCUGAUCACAGCGAGGAAGUUGUUUGUUUUGUUGCAGUCUACAUACCCUUGGAUUUUCUCGGCCUUGUGAGCCAUCCAGGCGUCCUGGAUUUCUCGCAACCGUUUCUGCGCAAUGCGGUGACCUGAGUAGAAUACAGUCUUAUUUGCAUCAGUUUUACAGUCGAUCCAGGCUCUAUGCAGCCUGUUCUCUCCGGCAGCCAGGUUGCUGGGGCCUGCAUCGGCUUCGUCCAACCGACUCCGGUGUUGACGAUGUGCGCGGCCGAGUCGAACGAACGGCGUCCCGUAGUUGGCACCAUCGAUUAUCCACGGAGGCGUUUUCAUCUGGAGCUUGCAGAUCUUCCAGACCCUGGGCCAGUUGAUUGCUGACAUGUAAACGGUGAGCAAGCAAAAACUUACAGCCUUCUACGGGGUUGCAGACGGAGCCUUAUCCUGGAGAUGACGAGGCGGUGGUCCGCCCCGCCAUCGGCGUCGCAGGUACCGCUGGUCCCCAGUGAGUCCUGUAAAUCGCCCCGCCGGACGAGAAUUUAGUCCAGCAGCAGCCAGCGCCGCGAUCGGGGGUUGAUCCAGGUGGCCUUCUUCAGCAACGGUAGGCGGAAGAGAGUGUUGGUUAACAGGAGGCGAUGUUCAGCGGAGGUACGAAAGAGAAGGGGACCAUUGUUGUUGCAUCCACCAAUCCCGCGUAGACCCAACACUACCCUCCUCUCAGCACAGGCAGGCACUGAAGUCGCCAAGGACAACCAGCUUCCCCGCCUUCGGCACAGACCCCAGGGGGGCGUGCAGGUCUUCUUAGAACUUGGUUUUCGGUUCAUCAGAGUCGGUCGUUUGCACACCAUUAGCAUCCCGAGUCUUCUUUUAACCAGACUGUUUCGCAUACCUAGCUAAUCGUAUUCCUAAAGGUAACCGUAUAAGAUGCAUUAGGAAGCGACUGCAACUCGACCGUCCGUCUCUGGGGUCAAUUAUCUUGCCAGCUGGCAGCCUUUCGCAAGCCACGACCUCCAAAGAGCCGUACUCGAAUUACAGCGACGAGACUAUGUGUAACGUCGGCCUCAUGCUUAUCACACAUUCUAGUCAUGAGUUUAGACGCAGCGGCUGCCUGAACAUAUUCCCGACCUGCGCGUGCCACAAUACAUUACUGGCUCUAUUCUUCAAGUCAAACAGAUUUUGGAGUUGCGAAAAUCCCCAUAGCAGUAAUCAGAGGACGAGAUGGCGAGCAUGCGUAGCCUCCGAUAAAUUCUCGUCGGACCAGUACAAUUAUAUGGCAACGGGGUGGAAGUAAAAACACGUCAGUGAUGAGAUAAGUCGAGUAAAGUUCGCCUCAAAACACAGGCCGGGUGUGGGAAUGUGGGGAAGGGGGGUGGGGAGUAGUAGCAGUCACUGUCAGGGGCGGGGUGAGAGCGGAAGGGCGCGGAUAGUUGCGGCAUUAGUCGACCCUUGAGCACGCUGGGUGCGGAGCCUGAACGUGGUUCUUCUAUGCGCACAUGAUUGGUUUUCGUAACCUGAUGGCGGCCGCUUCUGUUGUUGUUAACCGGCACUGGCCCAGUAGCUUAGGCUAGCUCGAUGAGACCUUAUAAACCACACGAAAAGCUUCGUUGGGAUCCAGACGCUGUUCGGAGCCAACAACAUGCGCGAGAAUGACUCUACUUAUGUCCCUAGUUUAGCCUUUUCCCAGCCGUGCCGACAGGUGUUCUCGUAUUCUUCUGGAUAGACGCCGACUCGUACGACCAAUAUAACCUGCAUCAUAGGAGCAAGUGAAGAAACAGAUGCACAAGUUUUUAGCAGGGUGUAAAUCUCACAGCUUGAUCAAGGCGUCUCUUUAGGAGUUCACUCACAGUGUCCCCUUGAAAAGGGACUUUAAGGGAUGGAGUUUUCUUUUCGGCAGUCGGUGUGGCAGGUUUUACCGGUCGUUUGGCCAUAUUCUUUGCAAUAAACCUGUCCGGGUGUCCGUUUUCAGUAAGGAAGUCCUGGUUUUUUCUAAGUUCCUCCUCGAUGCUAUCUGUUGAGCAAGCUCUUCUAGAUCUUUGUGCCAAACAUCAGACUAGAUUUCGUUUUUGUUGUAGGGGUAUGAAAUUAGCGAAGCUUGUGUAUUGUCCAGACAAACAGAUUUCAUCUAAUCAACUCUUCCAAGUCUGAUGUUCCACCAUCACCCCUUUUGGAGCGUUGUCAUUGUGUCACCAAAUAUUCCUGCAUCCGCAGCAUAUGUGGGCUGAAGGCCUAUCCGCUCAGAUUGGCAAAGUUAACAGAUCCGGGUUGAUGAUUUGAAGAAGAUGGGCUCACCGGAACGGGCUUAUUUGGAUGCUGACUUUUCAAAGAACUUGGUCGUCUCUCCAUUGUCAAAACGUAAAAUGCACUUAAUCGAUCAGAAACUUCAAGUGGCAUGUUGAGUUGGUCGGCCUCAUGCUGAUCGAUUUUUCUCUCUUCUUGCUGUUUAGGUCUCUCAGGCAUGGUUGACGGGCAUUUUGUUUGCGUGCGCUGUCAGUCACCACCACAUCGUUGAGGGGAGGUGAUUGAACCUUUGUCGGGUGGACGGUCUGGCUGUUCUUGUUCUUCCUCACCGAGUACAUUCGCCGUCUGGUCUUCCUGCAGCUCACAAAGUCCUACGCCAUCACAAUCGUAGAGCUCAGGACCAGACAACCACACCGGACUUAGAAGGCCAUACGGAGACAGCCCGACGGCAAGUGUACUCGAUGAGGAAGAACAAGAACCGCCAGACCGACCACCCGACAAAGGUUCAAUCACCCCCCCCCCCGACGGAGUGGUGAUUAAUCACAAAACAAGCAGACAACAAGCCCGUCAACCAUUCCCCAAGAGGCCGAGGCAGCGAGGAGAAAAAUCGAUCAGCAUGAGGCCGACCAACACAACAUGCCACUUGAAGUUUCUGGUCGAUUAAGUGCAUUUUAAGCUUUGAAAAUGGAGAGACGACCAAGCUCUUUGAAACGUCAGCAUCUAAAUAAACCCGUUUCAGUGAAGGUCUAUCCCCUAGGGACACGUCGGUCGAUUAGCAGACGAAGCGAAGCGUAAGAGUUAACCUUUAGCAUAGGUUAUUACGACACAUUUCCAUCUGCUAAACAAGGGUUUUGACAGUUUUCUGCGCAUGCAACCGCUACUCCUUUACCAUAUUCGCAGGCGGCCCUCCUAGAUAGACUCUCUGUUCAGGGGCAAUAAUAUUUAAAGGAAGUAUUUAGCACCGCUUGUCGAGAAAUCAACACUUAUUGAUUUACCUUCAUUAUUCUGAUCUUCAGAAAAGGCUCUUAUUGAUGCUGAGAUUCUCCUUCUCAACAUGUGCUUCGAUGACAUCGAAGGUUAUGUCGGUCAUAUCGUCAGGCUAAACAGAGCUCGGUCAACUAGUUCACUGAACAAACCAACUGUCGAUGAUAAUGUCUCCGUUGCUGCCAGUGACGAAAAGAAGAAGAAGAAAAAACGUUUGGUCUUCAGAAAACGCUCUACAGCCAAGCCGAAAGAGAAGGAUCUGCCAAAGGUCCUCAGUAAGUCGCUUUUUCUGAUGAAUAUGUCUUCCUCGUCAGGGAGGGACUUUGGGGCACUUUCAUUGCAUAGCUGAAUUAUUUAUUUUCCAGCCAAUCGUAGGCUAAUUUCAGUCUUAAAUUUUGGCGUAGCACAAACAGUCACCUUUAUACUUACCUUGGAUGCAAAAAUUUGGUUAUUCUAGGUGAUUCGGAUCCGGCCACUAAAGUGCAGUCGCUAUGCCAGUCGCGAUCUCUUUUUAUUCGAAAUUUUUCAAUGUCUAUUUCUGUCUACUUAAGGUUUUGUGGUUUCAUCGCUUCUCAUGGGUUUCAACACCAAAAAGUAAUACGUGCGUAUGCAAGUUUCACGCAUGCGCACUAUUAUCCGUCAACUGCGUGUAGGGACUUUGGACUUCUAACUAACAGGUCGCGAGUUCAAGCCCCAGGUGUUCCACACUUCGGGGUUGGGCAUGAUUGGCUGACGACGACUAAUAAGCCAGAAAUGGCUAUUCCAGUCUCUCUUGUCUUUGUCGGUAGUAACAUUCUGCCUAUAUCACGCGCCGCUCUGUGGCCGCCGGUUGGGCUCGAGAGAGAGAACCCGUAAGACACAACGGAAAGAGUGAGUUCCGUGAGAACGAUCGGUGAGCGCCCUUCUACCCUCGAGUCAUACAUCUCCAACCGCCCUGGCUAUAUACAGCCCGUCUUCCUAGUCCGAAUUUAGGCAAUAAGGAAUUCCCCAAAGUCGCAUCGGCCCUCUGACAGUCCAGGUGACAGAACUCUUAACCAGAAUUCAGAGGGUCGAUAAUUGGACUCUGUGCCACAACAGAAGUUUCCUGACACUCCAGUAGUCAGCAACACCAAAAGCAGUAACUUAUUGCUUCCAGUAGUAUCAACACCUGAUCACUUUUCAGUUGCAAUUCAUGCGCUUUCGGUUUAAUUGCUUCGGGUGUUCGUGGCUUACCUACCGGUUGACGCUUUGUAUUGUCGGUGGAGCGACAAAAGUGGGUGGAUGUUAACCAAAAAUAAUCGAUUUUUGAUGUCAGAAAUUUGUUGCGACAUCCCGUAGAGGUCAUAGCGUCUGUACUAAGACUAUGGGGAUGAAACCUAUCAACAACAGUUUAGUAACUUUUCAAACAUUGCAAAAAGUCACAAUUUUUAAAGUAUAUUUCUAGUAAACUUCCCAAAGAUGUCAAUAAUUACUUUAAAAAUGUAAUUUCCUUCCAAGUAUCCGCACAAGAAAAUGUCCUUCUCUUGUCCGAGGAAACUAACUGAUCUUAUAGGCGUUUAAUAAUUUCAAAUUCUCUUUAACUGGAGAAGUGAGCUAUUCCAAGUGAGAUUGCUGAUGUCAUUAAAAAUUGCCAUGGACUGUGAAUUGUUCUGAGAUGCUAUUCUGUGCAUUUCUCUAAUAACAACCUAGACUAAGCAUUACUUUCCGGUUGGAAGCAUAUUUACUUAAUUCGGUUAAUGCUUAAUGUGCUGUGUCACAUGCUACACAGCAGUUUUGCCAAUCGCAGUGCAAUACUCACAAAACCUUUUUGUGCAUUUCUCAGACGUAAUGAUCCUUAUAUAAGUUAUUCAAGGCUCUAGGGGUAAAUUUUAGACCCUCAGUGGAACGCUUACAAACGCAGUUAGGCAUAUGAUGGUAUUCUAAAAACGUCUUGAAACAAUGAAACCCGUAGUGAUAUUUACAGCAUACUGUUCCUUCGCGACGGCGCAACCAACAAAUCCACAUUAGUCAUCCCAUUUAAUUGAGACCUUUCGUUGCCCUGCGAACUGUCUUCUCCUCAGCCCACGCAUUCCUUCCAUUUCAACCGUCACGCUGAGAACAUUGCCCUUUGCAGAAUCAGCAAAGUUUCCUAUAGGUGCCUGAAAAGUUCGUCUUACCUAUACAGACAGUAGAUACUAUUACAAAAGAAAUACCGACAAUGAUAAAGGAGACUGCGGCGGUUAGUUCUGGGCGUUUUUUGCUCAUUGGUUAUCUGAAUUUCGACCCCCUGGUCGGAAGGACCUGCGAUUUGUCCUCGAACUCUGCUGGUCAUUGGACGUAGGGUUCCGUAGAUGAGCCAGAUGUUCACGCCAUCGAUUGUGACCAGGAAUGUGUAAAGUCACGUGACGACUUUGCCUAAUGUAUGCGAUUAAUCAUUGCGUUAGUUGUCCUUGAGCGUCUCUAAUCAUUACCAUGACUCUGACCGAUUUUUCAGGAGCCUUGGCAAACUAGGCUGUCUUCGGUUCAGAAUUCGAUUACUUUUUCAUUUUUAAUCCCUUCGGUUUUGUCGUGCUGUGUAUACUAGGUGCGAUACGAUUCACUAAGUGACCAUUACGACCCUCGCUAAUUUUCAGGUAACACUUCGAUAUCCUCCGAGGUUGAAGUUGCAAUAUCAGACGAAGAGUUGGUCGAUCUCUUCGAGAAAAUCAAAUUUUCGAUUGUUCUGCUGGCGCGUCUACAGGGUUUCGUAUCGGAGCCAAACCCACCCCUGUUGACUCAUCGCCUGUUCACAAUCCUGCAGUAAGCUUCCCACUCUGUUAAAAGUGCGAACUUGGAGCUCCACAUCAACGUUUGCUGUGUCACAGGGUUUUUUUUAGUUUAUUUGUAACAUGAGAAGUAUCAGAAUUAUGUCCGCUACCUUGGGGACCCUUGAAACUCAAAAGGCAAAAACGUGUGGUGACCUCUGGCCAGCGUUGAUUGUGUUAAAAGAAAACCACUUUGUGUUUGCUAGCAACUCCUGGUUUGAGUAAUCUUUUUACAAAGUCUAUCUGUACAUUGAACUCACAUAAGGGUUCAGUUAAAAUGUUGAGGACUUUUCUCUUUCAAAUGGGAUUGGAAUUUUCGUGGCCUCGUUACUGGCCUAAAUUUUAAUUUGUUGCAUAUCCCAGAGGAAUUUUAAAACGGGAACCCAAAAUUCCUGAUUACUUUUAUGGAACUACGCGAAAAUUCUAGAAAUGCAUUGUUACCUUGGACUUAAUUAUAUAAACUGAUCGAUUAAAACCAAAUUAGCUAGCCGUCUUCUCCUAUAAUACUUGACUUAAAGUAGUUACAUUGUCUGGAGCGAAGUAUUCAUGUUUUCCAAGUCAUUUUUUGUGGAAUAAAUUGAUUAUUCUUCUUCAACUCACCCUCCUCCAUAAACUUUGUACGUUUUAUAGAAUUUUACUUUUGCGCCAUAAUUUCGAUAACAAUCUUUCUUCCGGAAAAUUUAGAAGGGGAAGAAUUUAUCUCAGAUUGUUUGUUAUCAUCCUAGUAAGCUUGACUGUUCCGCUAACUGCGAAGGCAGGGUAAAUGGUUAAUGGGAACUGAAAGCUAACAGUUCGAGAAUUGUUUCACGAUUCCUGACAAGAGAUAGUCAAAUUCAAAUUGAUUGGUGUACUUCAACAACCCCAUUAGAAAGUUUAAUUCCUUCUCUCUUUAAAAAUGUGUCACAAACUACUAGAAUUCGAUUGGACGUGAGUGCAUUUCUGCAUUGAAGUCUGCACAAUUCUCCAUCUUCAUUUUCUUCCGAGAUACCAGCCUUAAAGCAGCUGCAAAAAGAUCCAGUUGAUGUUUUUAACUGAUUUUAAUAAUUCCACUGACCCAACUGUAAAAAAAUCAGAGAGCCCAGCGGAAUUCGAACUCACGACAGCAAAUGCAAUGUCUGAAUACAGUCAACGCUUUAACCACCAAUCCGGAGCCUUGGAUUUAAUCACAUUUUGGUUAAAUUGCCCUCCCAGUCAACUGCAACUAAGGGAAUCGAACGGUUCUGUUACAGUAGGCUGACUGUCAUACAAGUCUAAAAUCUCCCGGACGAUUAAGGCGUUGCUUGUACUCCGGCCUUGCGCUUGCUGUCUCGGGUUCAAAUCCCACCGGAGCUGCCAACUUUUUAUCAAUUAAGUCGUUGGGUAAGGAUUAUUAUUUGACAUACAAUAGGUGGGCUAACUCAUGAAAUGUCAGCCGAAAUUUGGAAAUUCGUUCCCGUUUCAAAAAGAUUAAUUAAGUAGGUUUGUGAAACUAAUCAUCAUACAGCAUAAAUCGAUAAUAAUCCAGUUUCCUCAGGGUGCCGGCUUUCGAAUGAACUUCUUUCCUACUGCAUCAAUAACUAUACUCUGCAAACAAAUGACUACUUAUGUAGCAUGUGGAUUUCUCAUUGAUUUUCAAUGCCCUUAAAAAUUCAAUUAUAGUUCGUGGAAAACAUGCAAAAAAUAUUCAUUCUUUCACUCUUUCGGUAGAAAAUCACGUCUUUUUCCAAUUUUAUACUCAAAGGAAGGGCAUAAUUCGGUUUUAAAACAGUUUAAAUUGUGCGAUUUUUAAUACCGUGAAAUGGCCAUUCAUAAAACGUCAUGUCUGUGCAUUUACCGAUCUGACUUGUCAAGUUAACAAUAUGUCUCAAAUCUGCUGCUAACUUUCAUGAACCCAACAUGGUCUUCUCUUAAUACCGUAGAGAAAUGUAUGGCUUUCCAUACGCAGAAAAUAUACAGCUUGUGGUUUGGAAACUCUGAAUGCAAAUGUAACGGCAGGUUGGGUUCAAAAUCAUUCGGGAAUAGGAAACGUUUUUGAAAAGCGAAUCAUAUCCAACCUUCGAGUAUAAAAUUGGAAGGAGACGUGCAUGUUUUCCAUGAACUAUGAUUGAAUUAUUAAGGGCACUGAAAAUCAAUGAGAAAAAGUCAUGCUACUCGAAUAGUCAUUUGUUUGCAGAGUAUAGUACUUGAUGCAGGCGGAAAAAAGUUCAUUCGAAAGCCAGCACCCUGAGGAAACUGGAUUAUUAUCGAUUUAUGCUGUAUAGUGAUUAGUUUCACAACCCUACUUAAUUAGUCUUUUCGAAACGGGAAUGAAUUUCCAAAUUUCGGCUGACAUUUCAUGAGUUAACCCACCUACUGUAAUUUUGAUGAAUCAGCGUACUGAUGUGGUAAUUGGGCUCGUAAACUGAAAGAUGCUGACAUACGUUAAAGUCAGUCCUGCGAUCAAAAUGCCGUGGACUUCGAAGUUACCAAAAUACAUACCUAAUUGUUUCACUAUACUUCCCGUUAGAAAAAACUCUGAAGACGAAUUUCCGGUAAAAACUGAAACAGAACGUGACCAAGAGUUUGUUCGCAUGCAGCACUGGGCUGCUUUUGGCUGGGCGUCCUUCCAACCGCCUGCCCAAUCGAUAUUCUGAGAUGUCCUUUAGGUGGUGUGUCAUUUACCCAGUGAUUUCUUGUUCACAUUGGAUCUACAAACAUUACUUCUCACACUAACUUGGCAAUAAAUUACGCCUCUCUUCCAGGUUACGUAAAUAGGGUUUGUUUUCGUUUUAAAACGUUGAUUGUGCAGUUUCCUAACUUAAUGGCGCGCAAUUUCCCUAUGGCAAAGUUAUCUGUCCUUCCAGGUCUUUACGAAUGAGGCCUUCUGGUGCGCGUAAAAUAUAUUCCAGCAGUUUUCAGGCAGCACUUAUAAGGGGUACAGAUAUCGAGCUGGGCAUGUCUGGUAGGUCGAAAUGUUUCAGCCGUCGCAAGAAACUGUCACUCCAGUUUACUAUUUGGGGGAGUUUGUUUCUACAAGACCAGUAUGGGAGAUGAAAAUCUGAUGUGUCCUGCAUAGGAUAUUUAAUUUAAUCGAUGACUGUUCGACGCUUGCGAGCGACGACGUUCACCCUGUGUCCCGCGUUAUGAACCUGGGACGGUGAACCAGGAGGCGUGAACUCGUUUGCAGUUAUGCAGACAUGCUUAGCCUCUACCGCACUCCCUCCUGCCUCAUCUGACCGGCUCCCUUGACAAGACAGUUUCAAGACGACCGGUGACGGACUCGGCGCAGUGACUGACUAAGCUAAACAGUCGGUAUACGCGUGCCACACAAGACCUGGUCUCUAUAGCAUCUACCAGGCCUUCAUGGUGGCGGUUCGAAUCUCACGUGCGCGACAGCGCUACAUAGGUUGCGCAAAGAAGAGACCAUUGCAUUCUGACUCUCAGUCCCGAAAAGGACAGAGUUAUCACGUCAUUUGGCAAUUUUCUAGGUCACACCCAUUGACUCGAAGGUUCACAAAUCCAUUUCCAGAGGGAUAGGGUUAAUUGGACAAAUUUUCCAAAGAUGAAAGAGUUUACGCGCAGUUCGGCAGGCGGUUAAUGUCGUGGUGAGGUACCGGACUAAUUUACCUUUGAUAAUUUAGUCCCGUUUUUUUGCCCGGAUUGCUUGUUUGAAUGUGACGAGAAACGACACACCUGUACAACCCGCUUUUCUGGCCUGCUUAGCUGCCGCGCUCUGUUGUCAGGUUACUUAACGUUCAGAAUUUCUAUAGUAUUCACCGGUCGGUUUUACUUGUUGCCUUUAAUGUUAGGGGCUCGUGAGAUAUAACUCCUUAGUUCGCAAGAAUAUCAUUUACGUCAUGUCAGCUUCACCCACUCUCUCCCUCUCUCUCUUUUUCUCUCAUUCGUGCAUUAGCUAACUGUCCGAGCAUGUCAAUCAACUGGUGAGGAGAUUGGGGGAAGUGACUGACACUGCGUGCCACCACACUCACCACGUCACGUACGGCUAUACUUAUGGCCUCGUGCGGCGUUUGCGCGGCCGAAUCCGUGCCCAAAUUUGGUCCGAUGCAUCUGCGGAGCAGCCCGUGGUGGAGGCGCGGUUAAAUUGGUGCAAGUGUUGAAAUCACCUUGCUAAUAGAAGCGAAGAGACGAACUCCAGGAAGUAGUCGCGAAGAUAGAGACACGAUCGCCGAGAAAGGGGCUUUAUUGACCUGACGCUUCGGAGUCUCACUCGAAUCCAUUAUCAGAGAGUAGUGGGUUACCCUGCUGUUCCAGUAUUUGUUUGAUGUAGCUGCUACAUGCCUAUCCUAGUUGGCCGCUCCCGAGUGCAUCACGGCUCGACUGGCCAGGUGUUUAAGUGUGCAGUUGCUAUGCCCCUGAGUGCCGGUCAAAAUUAUCGCUUCCCACGCUCAUGCCACGCAGUCGAGCUGAUGACUACCGGAUGUCGUCAAUGCGCGUAACUACUCGAGGGCUGGAAUGACACACGGCCAAAAACCAGCAUGCAGCUGUGUUUGAAUAAACUUUUUUCGUGUUUUAUGCUAAUUAAUGUAGAAAACUCACCUGAACAGUCUUUCGCACCUGGAAACGUCCCCAACAACUUGCGUUCAUGCGUCCUGAAUUUAGGUGCAUGUUGUUUUUAUUAGCGGACUGUCUUGCCUUACUUUCAGGCUACUGAGUACAUCUGAAAAUGCCUUUGUAGUUCACAGCACUCUGUAGAGAUGUCGUGAGGGGUUCACUUGUAAACAGCGAAUGUCGAAUGAGCCAGUAUUUUCAGGCACUGCCUCCGUUGGGUGGAACUGUUUCAUUCCCUUGAAAUGAAAUGCCGAACAGUCUUGAUGUUGUACUGCAAGCGCAAAAGGUUUAAAAACGUUUAUCUUUCUAUCCACUUUUUAAGGUUUCUUCGUAUAUGGCCUGAGGGUAGGCGAAUAUAGUUCAUGAUGUAGUUUGAAUUCGACAAGUAUACGCAUUUAUAAAUCAUAUUCGACCAUUACAAGAGAGUUUUAGCUGGAGGGCCAGGAGAUGUGUGCAUCAUCUGGAUGGCGUUCUCACCGACGGGAGUCAUCGAGAUGACUUGUGCCAACGGAGACUUUGUUUAGCUUAGAUUCCACCCACUAAUCCUGCUGAUGCCUGCAAGGCAUUUCGAAAAAGCUCUUUACGCUGGGUCUCGUCUAGAGUACUGGAAAGAGACGCAUGCUCUAUUUAGGGCGAGUUACAGCUUAUCUGAAACAUGUCAAACAUGCCCUACGAAAGGUCGGCAUGUUUCCGUUGUUUUACAUGUUUGCGGAGCAGUCUUUCAGACUUCCCCUGAUUCAAAUUCAUGUAACAGUCAACUUGAAUGUAGCAAGGUACUGUCAGAAUUUGACCCAAUACCGUAAGAAUCACAUACUGUGGGCAACAUGUGCAUGUAGGUGGUUACAAAAUAUGUUCCUUGUUUUAAUUUUUGUCCCUUCUAACGUGCGCGCAUUCCCCCCCCCUCCGUCCCUUUCUCCCUACUACGAAUCUCCGCACUCACCGCAGCCAGCCUGUGGACUUUGUGCGAGAUCUACACACAGGGAAGCCGGAGCUGGCUCGUCGUGUCGUUGCCCCGCUCUUCCCAGCCGAAGCCAUUCGCCUCAUCCGUGACUCCCUCAUCGAGCCGGAGGUGAGCAUGUGGCAUGAGCUGGGUGACGCGUGGUGUAUACCAAGGUGAGCAAACUCUCCCCCACCCCGGUUUCUGCCCCCUGUUUUUAGUCCACACUACCCCUCUUCCACGUCCGCUUCCACUUUACGGCUGCUAUUUUCACGCAGUCGCAUUGA